UGAUUUCUGAAGAUUUAACAACUCUUGCAAGAGCUGGCCUGUGUCGCCGGUGGACUGAAGGGACGAAGAUGGGCUAUCCCCUUGAUCCAUGACUGUCAGUUACUUCCAAAAGGAUAAAUAAAGCAUCGGUUAUGUUUAAGUCUCUAUUGGCUAUUAGUCAAACCUCCUAAAUAUUGAGUUCCGGUAUACAAAUUGAAAGAAGAAAAAAAAAAAACAUGUCUGAUGAAGAAGUUUACAGCUCUGGCAGUGAUGAUGAGGAUUAUGUACCGUCAGAUGGGGAAGCUGUGAGUGAAGAAGAAAAUUCAGGUGAAGAAGAGGAUCUUGAUGCACUUCAUAAAGAGGCUGAGAUUGGGGAGUCCAAGGCAGGGAAGAGGAAACGAAAAACCGAAAAAGGGCUGACUGCCCGAAAGCGUAAAGGUGGGAUCAAACUUGAAGAAGAAACAGAGGACUCCAAAGAGCCUGAAGAUGACUAUAACAAAGUUCUUUCAGAGGAAGUCAAAAAAGAACAAGAGGUCAAGAAGGAACAAAAUGAUAAAAAGCGAGCUGAUGACCUGUGGUCAAGUUUUCUCUCAGAUGUAGGAAGCCGACCCAAAGCUAAACCAGCCACUCCCAGUGGGAGUCCCUUAGCCAGUGUGUGUAAGCCAAUCAAAAACCCUGUUGUACCCACUUCAAACAAAGUUACAAUUACGAAAGAGUAUGACUUUGCUGGAGAGACUGUGAAAGUAACCAAAGAUGUGGACAUGAACUCCGAGGAAGGAAAGAAAGAGAUGAAAAAGCUAGCAGAGGAGAAGAGAGAGCCUCAACAAAAAGUGGACACAGCAGGCCCAGCCAUACUAGGUAGAAAACCUGGCGGGGGACUCAGCAGUGUAUUAAGUAAACUCGGGAAAAAGGACAAGAUCAGUACCCUGGACAAAUCCAAACUUGACUGGGAGACGUUUAAAGAAGAGAAGGGAAUAUCUGAGGAACUUCAAAUUCACAACAGAGGGAAAGAAGGGUACAUAGAGAAGAUGAAGUUUCUUAACAGAGCAGAUGAAAGACAAUUUGAAAUUGAGAAAAGUAUACGACUCGGAGUGAAUAGCAAACGGUGACACAAAGAGUAAAAAUUGACAAGUGUCUGUAGGAUUAAUGCUGCGAGAGGACAGAAUCCUUACUGUGACGAUUUAGUUUCUUUAUGGUUUAUGUACAGGUAAAACCAGAAAUUAAACUACAGUGAUUUGCUUCCUUACUGGUUGUUACAAAUCUUGAAUUCCUGUAUUGGAAAUAAACGACAAUAAAUGCACCCUGGCUGUGCGUAAGAAUGC